AUGCCCAUAGCCGUAAGAUCCUACAUCCUCCCCCCAACCCCCCAAAUCCCAAACUCCCCUCACCCCCUCCUCCACUACCCAGGCCUCUUGAAAGAAACCGUCACAUCCCCCACCUUCACCCCGACCCAUCUCCUAGACCUCUACGCCAAAAACGGGUGGCAAACCCAAUGGAUCGCAAAGUACGGCCCGGACAUCCAAUCCCACUACCACUCCACCACCCACGAAGCCAUGACCGUCAUUUCCGGCGCAGGCGCCAUUAUCCGCUUCGGCGUUGCCGACGCCCCAGACUGGCAGCCAGGCAUGUACGCGCCCGGCGAACGGGGCGAGAACGCUGAGCCCGGCGGCCUAGACAUCGAGGCCAGCAUCGGCGACGUCUUCAUCAUCCCCGCCGGCGUCGCCCACAAGACGUUUGCCCCGCGGCCUGCAUCCUCCAACUUGGCUUUUCACCAACCCAAGGAUAUUGCGUCGGGCGCGCCUGCAGAGGUGACGGAUGAGGUUGAGCGAGAGCGAAGGACGUUUUUCGACCAAGUUGCCAUCAAAGGCGAGUUUAUGAUGAUGGGCGCGUAUCCGUAUGGGAACGUGUGGGAUUUUAAGAUCGGAGGCGAGAGGGGAAGAGAGCAAGUGUGGGGUGUGCCUUUGCCCGAAUUGGAUCCCAUAUUGGGGGGUAGCGACGAGGGGCUUGUGGGCUUGUGGCAUUGA